CCCAGAGCAGUCAGCGUCUUGAGCGUCUGCGUUCACACAGACGUUUGCCACCAUGGGGAUCAGCAUUAUGAAGCUUGUCACUCUGUGGCUCGUGGCAUCUGCGGAGAGCUUGCGUGUGCACGGCGCCUCAGCUGCCGCCCAAGGCGCAAAAGGGGUUCAGGGCCGAGAGUCGGGCAAGAAGGUGUCCAAGCAGCAGCAGCGCGCGCAGGCGGCAGCAGCGACGGACGUAUGCAGCGUCGGCGACUCGCCGGCAACAUGCAGAGAGCUCACGGCGAAAUACAGAGGAGGGGCGGCCGCGACAAGCGGAGGAGAGAAGAUGAGCCUGAACGUGAUGAAGAUCCUGCUCCAGAUGUGUCUGACCACGCUUAACGUCGUCUGCUGGUUGGUGCCCAUGAAGAUCCGCAGCUUCGUGGAGUCCAAGAGGGCAAUCAGCAUGGCCAACGCUUUCAGUGGCGGGGUCUUCCUCUCUCUGGCGUUCGGCCACCUGAUGCCGCACGCCACUCACGGGUUCGAGGAAGCGGGCCUGCCGGCGAACGUGCCGUACUUCCUCACCCUAUCCGGGUACAUGCUCAUCUUCUUCGUGGAGAAGGUGGCGUUCGACGCGCACAGCAUCAUGCACGAGGGGGACGGCCACGGACAACAACAACACGGCGGCGGCAAGGCCAUGGCUGACGGUAGCAGCGUCACGGCGGUGCCGGCGGGCGGGGGGGGAGGUGGAGUGGCCGCGGGGGGCAACAGCGGGAGGUCGGCGAUCAUCUUGCUACUUGCGCUGGGGGUGCACGCGCUCAUGGAGACAAUGGCGCUGGGGCUGAGCUCGAACAGGGUCAGCGCGGGGCUGCUCGCCAUGAGCAUCGGGCUCCACCAGCCGGCGGAGUCGCUGGCCUUGCUGGUAUCCUUCUUGAAAUCAGGGCUGUCUGAGAGGCAGGUGAUCAAGUACCUGUCCAUCUUCAGCUGCCUUGGUCCUGCGGGGCUAGGCCUUGGUAUCGCAAUCUCGGAGUUCACGGGCAAGCUAGCGGACGCCGUGAUGGUGGCGAUGGCGGCGGGGACGUUUAUCUAUGUCGGGGCUACCGAGGUCAUUGCCGAGGAGUUCGAGAGCCCACAUGACAAGUGGAAGAAGUUCUUCGCGCUGACAGCCGGAAUUUUCAUCAUCGCGUACGUGACUCACUGGGCCGAGUCGCUGGAGCACAUGGCGUGAUUGAUCCCUCUGGACCAAAUCGUUUUCGUUUAGGUUCUGUUGUGCCCCUUUCGACUUACUGUCGUACUGAAAGUGGCGUCGGCAUAAGCGUAUGCAGAAAGUUGGUAGAGGAGUAGGGCGUACGACAUCGAAUGUGUUCAGUUAUUGCCUGGCUGGUUGGGGCCUUUGGGGUCAAGUCCAAACCAUGUCACGGUUGUUUCGUUUCAUGUGCAGUCGCUUUUACGCUUUUAGACGAGAGGUCGACCAAGAAAAAAACACGCACGUUUGUAACGACUUUAAUUAUUGGUGUCUAGACUAACAUUGUGGCCAAAUGGUUGGGGCUGUGUGGUGUCAUUUCUAUUAAACGGCCCGCGUGGGGGUGUAUUAACUUGCCUGCCAAGCGUGGAGGAUUUCGAACACAAACCCUCCUCUCCCUUCGAAGCCGGAAACGGAACGCAUCGAUCGUCCGGCGAAGGUGCGGGGGCUGUCAGCUUCACGAGAUGGAUCGAUUGUUGCGUGUGUGUAGAGCGAGCGGGCGGGCAGGAAUAUUAAGGACACGUGGCACUCGUGCAAUCGACGACACACAUGAGCAACAUCAACCUCACCACGAGCUUGUUUGUUCACAGAGGAGAGCAGCGCGUACGCGCUUCGUUCGCAUGGCCUUCUUCGGUGCGAGUUGUGAGAGGGCUGACCAGCCGCCAAGCUGGCUUCUUCAGACCGCCGUUCAUUGUUUAGUGUGGACGUGGCAGGAGCGUUUCCACAAACAAGAGUUGUUCACUUCUCUUCACGAGUGUAAAAAUGUCAAGACGUCACACAGCAGUAUGCCGCAGCGGUCUGCGCACCUGCUUAACCCAUAUCCGCCAUUUUCCCAGCCUGCCGGCUUGUAUUGGCUACUUCGUCGGGCGGCCGAGAGUACGGCCAGCUCGUGGCCCAGACAGACGAGGCCCGCGUGCCCGAUUGUUGCAAAAGCUGCUCGUGUGAAUGGCUCGCCCACUACAUUCACCAACAAUUAUUUUUAUCAGUGUCCAAAGGAUCUGCGUAACACUCUAGUCUAUGCCCUGUCUCGACUAGGCUACUCUACAUAUCAUGCAGUUCGCAGCUCUCGCAAACGAGAUAUGGGUGUUGCUGUCAGCUUAGGGAGUCAAGCUCUUCGCCAGCGCUCUCCGCAUGAAAUCCAACCGAUUGCUGAUCAAAAGCCCC